AUGACAGAAAUGGAUAAUUCUCAUGCAAGAACAACUUUAACAUUCAUCCAAAAAAGGAAAAACACGUUAGACAGUAUCACGCUCGAUGGAACUACUUUAACCAUACCAGAAGUCCUUGCAGUCAGCAUUGAGCCAAGCAUGAAAGUAAAAAUUGCUGAAAUAUCCAUGGAAGAGUUAACAGCAAAUGCAGUGUAUCUAAAAAAGAAGUUAGAAAAAGGACUUGUUUUGUAUGGGAUAAACACAGGCUUCGGUGGAAGUUCCGACGUGCGUUCGUGUAAAUUUGAAGAUGUGCAGAUGGCGUUGAUCCGUCUUGUAAAUGUUGGAAUGGGUCGAAUGUUUCCUUUAGAAAUGAUUAGGGCUGCAAUGGUAACGAGGGCAAAUUGUCUUGCAAAAGCAUAUUCUGGAGUACGUGCUGAAGUGGUCACAACUCUGACUGAUCUUAUCAAUAACGAUAUUGUGCCCGAAGUUCCACUGCGUGGAUCUGUUAGUGCUAGCGGAGAUCUGAUGCCUCUAGGUUAUAUUGCAGCAACCAUGAUAGGAAGAGAAGAUAUGAAAGUGUUUAAAGGAGGGAAAAUAAUGUCUUGUCCACAAGCUCUUGCAGAGGCUGGUAUAUCACCGAUUGUAUUUGGCCCAAAGGAAGGCUUAGGGGUAAUAAAUUCAUGUUCAUUCACUGCCGGGUUCUCGGCUCCAACACUUUAUGACGCAAAUUUGCUUCUUCUUCUUACCCAAGUAUGUACCGGACUGUCAAUUGAAGCAGUGAAAGGAAGAACAGAGAGCUUCCAUCCUCUUAUCCACAACUGUCUUCCUCAUAUAGGUCAGAAAGAAAUAGCAAGGAAUAUGUUGUCAAUUCUAGAAGGUAGUAAGUUAGCUAUCACGACAUUAGACAUGAACCUGCCAGACAAAUGUGGAGUUCUUAAGGAAGAUCGUUAUAGUGUGCGGAGUUCACCACAAUGGCUUGGACCAGCUGUUGAAACACUUAACGAAGCAUGCAGAAGAAUAACAAUUGAACUUAACAGCGCAAAUGAUAAUCCACUAAUUGACCAUCGCACAGAUACAGUUUUACAUAACGCUAAUUUCCAGGGAGAAACUAUGUCUAUCGCAAUGGACCAAACACGACAAGCGCUUGGAAUUUGCGGGAAGCUACAAUUUGCUCUAUUCGAAGAGGUUGUAAAUGAUAAGCUGAAUUUCGGAUUGCCACCGAAUCUAAGUGGAUGUGACAUCAAUGUUGAUUUCGGAUUCAAAGGCUGUGAUAUAGCAAUGACCUCUUACAUGUCUGAACUCGAUCAUUUUGUCAACCCUAUGAGUAAUCAUAUAUUGAGUGCAGAAUGCCACAACCAGGCAAUCAAUUCAAUGGCUUUAGUCUCCGCGCGAUUCACCUCAGAGGCAGUUGAAAUUGUACAAAUGAUGACAGCAAACCUACUUCUUCUGACUGCACAGGCCAUCGAUCUACGUCACCUCCGAAAUCUCGUUCUUAAAGAAAUUGACUUACUUGCGCAAGAAUAUCUCGACAUUACGUCGACUUUAAAGGAGAUAGAAUGGUAUGACUUGCUGUUUUUAUCUAAACAAAAGGCUUCGAAGGAGACAAAUUUCCUAUCAGGAAAAGAACACACAGAAGCUGGGGAACGUCUCUCAAAUAGAAUGUGUACCCUUUACAAAAAUGCAUGUAAUGGAAAUAUAGAUGCCGCCAAACAGAUGGGAAAAGGUAGAUUAUAA